CUCACCCUCAUCAUCUUCACCCAACCCAUACAUUAAUCUCAUUAACUAUUAUUCCUCUCAAUCUCAACAUCUAGCAAGAAUCAAUUAACCCAAACCAUGGCAUCCAUGAUAAUCUCCCAUCUCCUACACUCCACCAUUUUCAUCCUCCUCUCUUUCACCCAUCAUCACCAAGCACAUGCCCAACCCAAUGACAAUGCACCCUCACCAACGCCAUGGCCAAUAGACAUCACCGCGAUUCUCGAAAAGGCAGGAAGGUUCAGCAUUUUCAUCAAGUUCAUGGACAGAACCGGCCGGAUAGCCACCCAGAUCAACACCCAGGUCAUCACCUCCGCCCAGGGUGUCACGGUGCUGGCCCCCACCGACGCCGCCUUCGGGGCACUCCCUAGCGGGGCCCUCAACCGCCUCUCCGUCCAGCAAAAGGUUCAACUCAUCCAGUACCAUGUCCUCCCAAAGUUCUACUCCCUCGACGACCUGGAAACCGCCACCAACCCCGUCGGGACUCAGGCUAGUGGGUCCGACGGGGGCAACUUCUGGCUCAACUUCACCGGCGGGAUGAGCAACCAGGUGAACGUCAGCUCUGGGGUGGUGGAAACCCAGGUGUCUAACGCCUUGAGACAAAAGUUCCCUCUGGCCGUCUACCAGGUGGACAAGGUCUUGCUACCUGUGGAAUUCACAAGGGCCCCUUCUGCAGCGGCGGGGCGAAAGAAAGGGAGCGGCCGUGGGGCCAACAGAACCGUUGCGGCCGCUCCCAAGGAGCCCAUUACCGCCAAUAGUAAUGAACCGUCUCCCGCCGAUAAUCACGGCGGCGCUGCAAGGAUUAGCGUUGGUUUGGCUUCUGGAGUGGUCUUCUACUCUUGCAUGUCACUGCUUUGAUUAAUUACAUUUCUUGAAGAAUUUAUUUGACAACUUAAUUAAUAUAAUAAGCUAAGAAAACGUUAAUGUUGCC